AUGCCAUACAUGAAUAUGCUAUCUACUGAAGCCACACGACACGAUACUUCCUGCGACGCAUUCGACGUAUUCAUUACCCACGACGACUUCCCUAUCCAUCCGAUUUUUGUCGACGGUUCUAUAGCAAAAAACAUCCAGCUUCCGAUGAGCCUGCCUCCAAUGUAUUCCAUUCUUAACUUCGGUAACUUUGUGAACGAUGCAAAAAGACGGCCCAUAGUAGACGAACGUUACACGCCGAUUCUCCACGAAAUCUUUUCGCCAACGUACCCGCACCACUUGAAUGACGACGCAUUUUGGCAGCAGCCAGCGAGCAAGUUGGGAUGCGCGACUUUUAACGUGGAAAUGGGUCCUUGGGCAUUUUUAAUUUCAGGGGCAGAAGACCGUACCACUCGACAAAUCGCACCAGUGUCUAUAUAUGAACUCGUAUGUAGACUCCAUAGAGAACUGCACAAACCUAUGGAGAUCUUCGAGCUUAACCUGAGCAUAAUACCCGAAGAGACAAUCGGUCUAGUCAGCGAUUAUCAAACGAUGCUAUGUAAAACCGACGAUCAUUGGAAGCAGAGGACGGGGCUCGUAUCUGACAGACGCGAUAGGAAAUACCAGAGGAUCGACUUUCUCCAUCGGAACAACACCGGAAGUGCUCGUCGCAUUAUGGCUUUCGUGUGCAACUACCAGAUGCAGAGAAGCUGCUUCAUCACUCUGAGUUAA